GGGUUUAUAUUGAUGCAAACUUAUUUACUUUUGGUUCUGAAGCCAUAUAUUAUUGGUUCCAUUUUGCUGUAAAACAAUAUGGUAGCGCGGCUGCCCCUUAUGUUUACCAGUUGGGGCGUUUUAAGCCGAAAAUGACAUCUCAUUGUAUCAGCCCCCAAAUUCGUCAAUAAGAUAAUGGCAAUUCUGUCAUAGUAGAUGAAUGUAUAACGAAGUUUCACUCCACUUCGUGAUGGCGCUUAAAAUAAAAACGCAAUUUUGGUAAUUUAAUGAAUUCUUUGUGAUCUAUUUUUGUCGGAUUUUCAAUAAUAAUUCGAUUGAAAGAAAAUCGAUUUGAACAUCAUGCCUCUUCAGUAUCCAAAACGAACAAAAGAUUUGCCAAAAUUGGAUAUAGAUUCCGAGGAUGAGAAUAACACACCAACACCAUGUAAGGCUGUUCCAAAUUCCAGAAGUUCUCAGAACUUGGCUAAUAAAGAAAACAUUGCUUUUAAAACUGAGCCUAAUAUUGUUAUUAUAAAACCUGCGUAUGCUAGCAGCAACGCUAACGAAAAUGUAUUCAUGAGACCUAAACGGUGUGCUGAAUUAUCGACCUUAGAAUCGGAAUCUGAGGACGAAGACAGCAAUAAAUAUGACUACUUAAAUUGCGCAAUCCUCAAUGAGUCAUUUAUACAAACUCCAACAAGAGUCAACAGGGAAGGUGCCAAUAUUAAGGAGUUUUCGGAGCAAACUGCAAACGAUUCUUUGUUAAGCCAUUUCGGUAAGCUAUCUUUGGAAAGGAACGAAAAAACAACGGAGAGCAAAAGUUCUAUAAAGCCCCAAAUGAGAACUACGGCUAACACUUCAAUAAGUAGGCAAGAAUUUGAAACGCCUUUUAAAACUUCAAAUGACGAUGAAGGAAAGUGCGAAGAACCUAGCACUCAAGUUAAGCAGCAAAGUAGAGCAGAGCAACAGUUUGUUACACCACAGAAGGUACUGUUUCAAACGCCUAUGACUUUAUCGAGGGCACCUAUGUGCUGUUUAACGAAUGACAGCAUGUCUUUGUCUCUCUAUGAUACCAUAAAUGAAGGAAGCACUCCUACUACCGCUGAAGAAAUACCGCAACCACCUAGCAGCGAAACAAAAAAUGAAAAUAUUCGUUUUAAGAAGUCGUUAGCAAACGCAUUCUCGGAGACAAUAACACUAAGGGAGGAGACGACGGCGGAAAAAGAAAAGAGAGCAAUUGUCGUUAUAAAGGAUUCAAAAUAUAUUGUUUUAGAGAAAUUAGGUUGUGGUGGUUCAAGUUCGGUUUAUCUGGCCAAAUGUCUGAAACGUGGCAGUGAAUGCGCAAUAAAAGUGGUGGACUUAAGAGGAGAUCCCGCAAUAGUUGAGGGAUAUUUGAACGAAACCAAACUUCUAGCCAAAUUGCAAGGCAAUGUGUGUGUAGUGACUCUACAUGAUUAUCAAUUACUUCAAAAAGAGUCUCGACUUUUUAUGGUCAUGGAGAAAGGUGAUUCGGAUUUAAACAAAAUUCUACAAAGUUACAGCACGGAUUUACCGCUUUACAUAUUAACAAAUUUUUUGUAUCAAAUGUUGCUAGCUGUAGACUAUAUACAUCAAAACGGAGUGAUACAUUCGGAUCUAAAACCUGCCAAUUUUCUAAUGAUUAAUGGUCGAUUAAAGCUUAUUGAUUUUGGAAUUGCCAGCAAUAUUGCUGUAGACUCAACGAGUAUUAUUAAAUUUUCCCAGGCAGGAACAUUUAAUUACAUAAGUCCGGAAGCCUUAAUUGAUACUUCUACUGGCAGCAGUCCUAUGCGUAAUAAUCAACCCAAAAUCAAGAUUUCCACAAAAUCGGAUGUUUGGUCUUUGGGCUGCAUAUUAUACCUACUGCUUUACAAGAGGACACCUUUUAGCCAUAUCAAAAAUAUUAAUGCCAAAGUAAGAGCCAUAUCCAGUCCUACGCAUGUAAUCGAGUAUGCUCCGUUAUCCGCCUAUUAUCCGCCCAUGUUGAUUCACAUGGCUAAAAAUUGUUUACAGCACGAUCCUAAGAAACGGCCGUCAUGCGCUGAACUUUUGAAGUAUCCCUUCAACAUGCUAAUACCAAUAGAGAAUCUAACUGUACCAAGAAAUUAAUAUUUAUAUUGUCGAUUAGCGUUGAGACCUUUAUUGCUUCGGAAUUACGAUCAAAUACCGAUAUUUAUAAGUAAAAGUAGCACACAUUCACAUUAACUUCUUAUUAAAUUUAAUUUUUAGUUUUCCUCUGCUGGCAGAGAUUGCUGUUUACUUUCAAUUUGCUACAGGUAUUGCGGAAUCAUCAAUAAAAUAUACGUGGAAAUUUUCGUCCUUGUGUCUGACCUAUUUUUAUGAUUAAUGAGCGAAAAACCCAAUUUUUGUACUUUAGUAACAAAGGGUUUUUAGUUCACCUUGUAAUUUAGAUGUGUCCUUUACCCACGUUGGUCCAUUUUCAAUAUGUGCAAGAACUUCUAAUGUUUUUGCGACAACUUUUGGCCAGGCAAAUAUGCCUAGAUAAAUGUAGAAAUAAGAGACAAGCAGACAGCGUAACUGCAGUUCACCUUUUCUUUGCAUUUUCAUCAAAGCAAUAAUAUUUCUGGGAAAAACUGGUGCACUUUAAAACGGUAUUCAAACUUGUUCGAUCCAUUUGUUUUAAGUGAACAUUGAAUGUGAAGAUGUGACCAACAGCUUUAUGAAACUUCCAUCUCUCUAUCUGUUUGCUUAUGUGAUCAAUUAAAAAACUUACCUCAAACUAU